AUGUUCGGAUUCACCAAGGUCACCAUCAUCUCCGUCCUCGCCUCUUUGGCCAUGGUCAACGCCGCUCCCGUCGCCGAGGCUGAGCAGGCCCACGUCCUCGAGUCUCGUCUCCAGAGGACCGGACGAUCCACCUGGUUCAACGUCGGACUUGGUAAUUGUGGCUGGAACUCCGUCGACAGCGACAUGGUCGUUGCUAUCGGCAAGGGCCUCUACGACAGGAACAACGGCAACAACUGCGGUCAAGGAGUCAGAAUCAAGGCCAACGGCAAGUCGGUCUACGCCGUCGUCGUUGACAGCUGCCCCAGCUGUGGUGACUCGGACCUCGACAUGAGCCCCGCCGUCUUCCAGGCCCUCGCCAACGGCGGUCUCGGUGACGGUGUCAUGGAGGCCAAGUGGAACUUCCUCAAGAAGAACUAG